CGACAUUUUGAUCUAAAACUAGCAGUUUUGCGACGACUCCCCACUCGUUUACUUGACUUGCGUCUUCGCCCCGAGCUACACUUUCGUAGUUCCAUCUGCGUAGAACUUUGCAUUUCUUUCAUGUCAGAUUCGUUUUUUUUGUUUCAAUCUACGAUCUCAUAGCUCUGCUAAAAAAUAAAACAAAAUUUUCACUUCUCUUUUCCUUUUUCUUUUGGACGAGAAUUAAAGAAUAAAUCAGAUUCAUUCUUCACGAGCUUCGAUUUCAAAAUCACUGUGUGAAACUAGGGUAUUUUUAAUUUUUUUAAUUUUUAUUCUUCUAGUGUGUUAUCCGAGUCUGAUCAUUCGAACUUCUACGAUUUUUUAUUAGAGCUUUCUCUUUUUUAUUUUUCCAAUAUAAUUUGAAAUCAGGCGGGGAAUUAGGGUUUUGAGUCUGAGAAUUGGAUUUGGGGAUUCGGAUUGAAAUGGAGAAGAGCGAUUCAUUCAAAUUUUAUACUCCAUCGGAAACCGAGCACCAGAAUUCGUGGAACGCGGGUUUCGGUAUCGGCGCGAGCGACCGGAGAUUGGCGUUUUCGCGCCAAGCUUCUUUCGAUCAAUCGCGAGAGCCUCACACGCCUAUUUCGAUCAAUCUGAACGACCCGGCGAAGCCUCUACUUUCGCGGAGCGUCUCGAGCAUUGACAUUCCGCCCGGGUUCUUCUACUCUUUAGACGAAAAUGAUACGUUUUCCGGGGAGGGAAAUGGAUCGGCCGAUAAAUUCUCGGUUUUGUUGUUUGUUUCUUCGGUUUUCCGGAUCUUGAGGUCCGGAAAUAGGUACAUGAAGAGGUUGUUCGUGAUGAUUUCGCUUAACGUGGCGUAUUCGACCGCAGAGUUAACUAUCGGCCUGUUUACAGGGCGUGUGGGUUUGGUUUCCGACGCCUUUCAUUUAACUUUUGGCUGUGGCCUAUUGACAUUUUCGUUGUUUGCAAUGGAUGCUUCAAGAAAAAGGCCUGAUAGAGUUUACACUUACGGGUACAAGAGGCUAGAAGUUUUGUCUGCUUUCACAAAUGCUCUGUUUCUUAUGUUUUUGUCGUUCUCCCUAGCUGUGGAAGCACUUCAUGCAUUCAUCCAAGAUGAAUCCGAGCACAAGCAUUACUCGAUUGUUUCGGCGGUGACAAAUUUAUUGGUGAAUCUUAUUGGUGUUUUGUUCUUCCGAAAUUAUGCUCGCAGAAAUCUUGUCUACAGAAAUGCAGAAGAUAUGAAUUACCAUUCAGUUUGCCUACAUGUUCUUGCAGAUUCCAUUCGCAGUGCAGGUUUAAUAUUGGCAUCUUGGUUUUUGUCCCUCGGGGUUCAGAAUGCUGAAGUAUUGUGCUUGGGGCUAGUUUCAGUUGCAAUCUUUAUGCUUGUCAUGCCCCUGUUUAGAGCGACUGGAGGCAUCUUGCUUCAACAGGCACCACCCAGCAUUCCAACUUCAGCAUUAAGCAAAUGCUGGAGACAGAUUACUGCCCGCGAAGAUGUGUCAGAAGUUACACAGGCUCGUUUCUGGGAAUCGUUCCCUGGUCAUGUUGUUGGCUCUGUCUCAAUACAGGUGAAGAAAGGGAUAGAUGAUAGUGCAAUUCUCCACUUUGUGCAUGGUUUGUGCCAUGAUCUGGGCAUACAGAACUUGACAGUUGAAACAAAUGAUGUCUGAGCUUUCUUGUCUUCUCAUUUGUGGUUUUAUAACAUGCUGGUACGUGAUAAUUAUUUUAGAUUGAGGCCCGUGAUUUGUACAUGUUGCCAUGUCAUAGCAGAGGGAUCGUAAAUGAUGACUCUUGGUAGCAUAACUGGUUCUUGUUAUUCAUUUACUUUCAAUUAAUUGGAAAUAAUUAGUCAAGUUUCUCUGUGA